AUGUCCGGGUUUUCCUUCAAUUUAUUAAAAAUUACCGAUCCACGAUUUCGUUUGGGUAAAAUAAUUUUUUCGAGAAAUAAACAUGAAAAAAUCUUGGAUACUCCAAAUUGUUUCGUAUAUACAAUCAGAGGAUCCGUACCACAUUUAACUCCAGAUAAUUUACAAACUAUUCCAGCAGAUGCAUUUGGAAUAACUCUUGAGCAUUUCCUUGAGGUACAACCUCCAUCUUCAACUUAUUUUAUGGGUGGAAUACAUAAAUUUUUAAAUCUUGAAGAGUAUCCAUUGUUUUUUGAUGUUCGAGACUCGGAAAAAUUACAAAAUAUUUCGUUCGGUACUGAUAAAUAUGUUCCGGUUGUUACUAGUCAUGGAUGUCGUAAAGUUACCCUAGAGGAAUAUAUAAGAUACAUGAAUAUAUAUAAUCCUGAUAUAUUCGCUAGCAUGACAGAUUUAAUAACUGUCAAGAAUCCAGGUUUGAAAAGGGUUAAAAAAUCGGUCGAUAGAACAUUAAAUUGGCUAGACGAAACUUUGGAACAUACCAAGGAAGGGAUUCAAGUAUUUGGAGUUGUAACUGGGUAUGAUAAACAUGAAGAGAGAGAGAGAUCUGCUAAGGAGACAGCAAAUAGAAAUGUAGCUGGCUUUGUGUUAAAUGGGUUUGAUUUAGACAUGACCUCGAAAGAACGUUUGGAUUUAAUGAAAAUUUCUCUCAAAUAUCUACCAAGAAAUAAGCCUCGUGGAAUUGAUAUAUUUAAUACGAGUUAUCCAUCAGAUAUGACAUCUUUAGGACAUGCACUUACAUUCUUGUUAAUUGAAGAUGGGAUUCAACAUAGACGAGAAAAAUUCAUAAAUCUUUGGGAUGAUAAAUAUCGAACAGAUUUUAAACCAAUUUUAGAUGAAUGUAAAUGUUAUACAUGCCAAAAUCAUAAAAGAGCAUACAUUCAUCAUUUAUUAAAAACUCAUGAAAUGCUUGCCACUGUAUUAUUAAUGAGUCAUAAUUUAUUCCAUUAUUUGCAAUUCUUUAAGACUAUUAGAAAAUCUAUAAAUCUUAAUACAUUUACAAAUACUGCUAUACAAUUUAUUAAUAUGUAUGGCAGCGAUGAUAAUGAUGCCAGUAACACAUAG